AUGUUAGAUUUAUUGAAUCAAGCACAGUCUAUUAUAACUUCUUUUGACAAACAAUCCGAGAAAGCUAAAAUUGAGUAUCGAGUUCGGUUGAAUGCCUCAAUUGAUGUUGCAAGAUCUUGUGCAAAAGAAACAUUGAAGGCAAUUAUUAAAGACUUGAAUGGUGAUUACUUUGGGAUAUUGGUUGAUGAGUCUAAGGAUGUCUCUCAUAAAGAACAAAUGGCGCUUGUUUUGCGUUAUGUCAAUAAAGAGGGUAAAGUUAUUGAGCGAUUCCUUAGCAUUGUUCAUGUUAAAGAUACAUCUGCAAAGUCAUUGAAAGAAGCAAUUUGUUCUUUGCUUUUGGAACAUUCAUUGAGUAAAUCUCAAAUACGGGGACAGGGCUAUGAUGGAGCUAGUAACAUGCAGGGUGAAAUUAAUGGCCUUAAGACUUUGAUUAUGAAUGAUACUCCUUCGGCACAUUGCAUACAUUGUUUUGCUCAUCAAUUGCAAUUGACUCUUGUGGCUGUUGCAAAGAAACAUUAUGAGGCAGAACAAUUUUUUGAUAUUCUUGCAAAUGUUUUAAAUAUUGUUGGAGGUUCUUUUAAGCGCAGGGAGAUGCUUCGAGAUGAUCAAGCAGAAAAGCUGGAGGAACUACUAGUGCUUGGUGAAGUUCAUACGGGCAGCGGAUUAAAUCAAGAACUUGGACUUCAAAGGGCAGGUGAUACUCGCUGGGGUUCUCAUUUUAAGACAGUGCGCAAUUUUAUUAGUUUAUUCUCAUCAAUUGUUCAUGUACUUGGAGUUCUUUCAAUUGAGGGUUCAAAUUAUCAUGAGAGAUCAAUGGCAAAAAGUCUAGUGGACGACAUAAGAUCAUAUGAGUUUCUGUAUAUAUUGCAUUUAAUGUUGAAAGUAUUGGCACUUACAUUUGAUUUAAAUAUGGCUUUGCAAAAAAAAGAUCAAGAUAUUGUAAGUGCCAUGAAGCUUGUUGAUUUUGCAAAGAGACAAUUGCAAGUUAUGAGAGAAUCUGGAUGGAAUUCUUUGGUAGAAGAAGUCUCUUUGUUUUGUGUCAAGCAUGAUAUUGUAAUCCCCGAAAUGGAUAUGAAUUAUUAUCGUGGAAAGUCGAAGCGUAAGAAAUCAAGUGUUACAUAUUCUUAUCAUUUGCGUGUAGAGGUUUUCUAUACUGUUAUUGAUUUGCAACUUUCGGAGCUUAAUAGUCGUUUCAGUGAAGUGAAUACUGAUCUACUUCUUGGUAUGGCUAGUUUGAGUCCAGAUAAUUCUUUUGCAAAUUAUGAUAAAGACAGGAUUAUGAAACUUGCAACACACUAUCCGGAUGAGUUUACUAAUUCUAUACUUGAGGAUCUUGGUUUUGAGCUUGACAUCUAUAUUGACUAUGUGCGAGAGGCGGGCAAUGAAUUCUCUAACUUGAAAAGCCUUGGAGAUCUUUCAGAGACAAUGGUUAAAACAAAUUUGCACAUGACUUGGAGACUUGUUUAUUUGCUUGUGAAGUUAAGUUUGAUAUUGCCUGUCGCUACUGCAACGGUGGAAAGGGCUUUUUCUUCGAUGAAGUACGUUAAAAGUGACUUGCGAAGCAGAAUCGGUAAUGAAUUUUUGAAUGAUUGUUUAGUUUGUUAUAUAGAGGAUGAAGUAUUUGAAAGUGUACCUAAUGAUAUGAUCAUUGAUCAUUUUCAAAACAUGACAAGUCGUCGAGUACAAUUGUGA